CUGAAUCCAGGGUCUGUCGUGACAUGAUUCAAGAAGAAGUGUCAGUGUCAACCCCUGCCUAGGUGAAAAUAUAUUACCAAUUGCCCUCUAUUUUUCUCGCUCAAUCGGUGCAAGAAAACGCAAAGUCAUACUUUGUAGCGUCGACCCAGUCUAUUAAGCCUCGACCUCACCGAGCAGCGUCGAGGCUGCAUGAAAUGAAUGAUUUGAAUACAUAAUAGUAUUUAGACUGCUCUGGUGCUGACACCAGAGUUCUUCAAGCGCUAUCCUGUUGUCGAGUAUUGCUUCAAGGAGAAGGGCACCAACACCGGCUAUUGCACGGCCACAGCAGAUGGGUGCUCGCUGUACAAGGUCCGGGACCUGUAACAAAUGUGAGUGCGAGUGUUUCGAGGCAGCAUGCUUGCCACUGCGCGCGCGCUUCAAGGUUCGGGGUUCGAGGCACAUGCACAACGCCCGAUUACCCGAUUAUGGGAUGCGGCAGACAGGCGGGAUUGGAGGAGAUUCAGCUGGGCCAAGGAAACGCUACUUGAGGCUGCUCGUGCCAGUCCACUGUUCACUAUCCCCGACUGAGCCCCGCCACGCGCCCUGCCAGCGCACCGGAGCUGCACCCAGCCUUUCUAACCUCUCGCGCCUAAUUGCCUUCACGGUCUCCUUGACGACCGGCUCAGCCUUGCGCUUUUUUGCUUCCGCCAGCAAGACAUCCCGGCCGGCAUACAUCCGGCGGUUCUGAUUGGGUUCCGCUCACAGCGCUCCCCGCGCGCGGUUAGCCACGCUGCGCACCAUGAGAGCAGCAAUCGUUGCAGCCAUCCUGGUUGCGCUGGUUACCGUGACCACGGCCACCAGGUCGAUUGACCAACCCGCACGAUGCAAUCCUCUGUCCUACCCCUACGUCAACCAGACGUAUCACUGCCAGUCGGAUUGCCGCACCUACACGCUCGUGGACGUCAACGCCGGCUGCAUGCCCAACUGGGCCGGCGCCCGUGCCUACUGCGAGAGCCGCGGUCUGGAGCUUGCGCCGUGGAACACCGACGCCUCGAAAGGCGCGCUGUACAAGCUGUGCCGCGACAACCGCUACACGUGCUGGACGGGCGGUCGUGACGACAGCACCGACCUGUGCCCGCUGAUGACCCAGGAGGGCUACAUCGUGCAGCAGGCUUGCGAGCAGCCCGUGCGCUUCGUGUGCCGCACCACCGCGGGCAAUUGCGGCUCGCCAUCGGCUGUUCCAAGCCCCUCGCGCUCGCCCUCACCCAGCCCUUCCCCAUCACCCAGCCCUUCCCCUUCACCCAGCCCUUCGCCUUCGCCCAGCCCCUCGCCCUCGCCCAGCCCCUCGCCUUCUCCCUCUCCCUCUCCCUCUCCCACGCCCACGCCCACGCCGCGCGGCUGCAACCCCUACACCGCCGCCUACUCAACCGCUUCGUACUACAGCCGUGAUGACUGCCGUUCCUACACGCUGUACGACCUGGGAGCGGUAUGCAUGCUGAGCUGGCGCGCCGCCGCCGACUUUUGCAAUUGGAAGGGCGGCGAGCUGGUGCCGUACGGCGAGACCUCCGCCGCACUGGGCGCGUUGCGCAGGCUGUGCCACGACCGGCGCUACACCUGCUGGACGGGCGACCGAGUGGACCACUCGGGGCAGUGCCCGCUCAUGACGGCCGAGGGCGAGGUGGUGCAGCAGGGCUGCGACCAGGCCGUGCGCUGGGUGUGCCGCACCAAGGUGGCGGACUGCAUCGUGACCCCGAGCCCCAGCACCGUCGCCAGCCCCAGCCCCAGCCCCUCCCCCAGCCCCUCUCCCUCUCCCUCCCCGUCCCCCAGCCCCUCCCCCAGCCCCUCCCCCAGCCCCUCCCCCUCUCCAUCCCCGUCCCCCAGCCCCUCUCCUUCUCCCUCUCCCUCUCCCUCUCCUUCCCCCAGCCCCUCUCCCUCUCCUUCUCCCUCCCCCAGCCCCUCGCCCACCGUCACGCCGCCCACGUCCGCCGGCUACUUCGAGCUCAUCCCCGAGCUGACGGCGCCCAACGUGGCCUUGGCCUUGGCCAACAUCCCCUUCACCCGCACCUACUUCUUCCUGGAGAGGGCCUACGGAGCUGGAGAGGGCCUGAGCGUCGCGCCCAACACGGGUGUGCUGGAUCUGGACAGCGGCUUCAAGACCAACUUCAACGCCAACAAGAACCCCGGCUGCUCCGGCGUCAUCAUAACACCCGAUGGAGUGCUGCACCUGUUCGGCGGCGACGUGGGCAGCGGCGAGCGCAGCCUGGGCGACGGCCGUCAGUACAUCGCGAAAUACAACGCCGCCACAACGUCUGUGAGCCAGGUCACGCUUAUGCAGAAGAACCGCUGGUACCCCACCCCCCUGGUGCUGUCCGACGGCAAGGUGCUCAUCGUGGGCGGCUCUGACGCCUGCCUGGUGGGCCCCACCUGGGACUUCGCUGAGCUGUGGGAUCCCGCACAGCCCACCGCGCCCACCGCCAGCGUCACCAUGCCGCCGGCCUUCGUGGCCACCAUGGGGUUGAACUGGUACCCGUUCAUGGCGCUCAUGCCCAAGGGCGAGAUCGUGUGGUUCGUGGAGAAGGGCGGCGCGGUGACAGACAAGAACUUCAACGUGCUGGUCAACCUGCCGCCCUUCCCGGCCGGCAUCACCUACUGCACCAUGUUCUACACCACCGCUUCCGUGUCGCUCAUCGCCGUCGCGCCCCCCGCGUACGGCAUCGGCUUUGUGAUCUUCGGCGGCACGGACUGCAACGCCGACAUCAACACAGUGGCCGCCACCACCAGCCUGCGCAUCUCCAUCACCUACUGCAACACCCACCCCUCCGGCAUCUGCGUCAGCGACUGGGAGGUUGAGGACAUGCUGGGUGUCGCGCGAGUGAUGGGCGACUCCACUCUGCUGCCCAACGGCAAGAUACUGCUGCACGGCGGGGCGCAGAUGGGGCACGCCAACGCCGGCCCCGCCGCCACCAAGGCCAACUUCCAAUCGCUGAUGUACGACCCGUACAAGCCCGCCGGGCAGCGCUACAGCAAGAUGGACUUCGCGCCCAUUGCGCGCGUGUACCACUCCGCCAACUGCCUGGACGUCACCGGCAAGGUGCUGGUGGCAGGCUGCGAGAACUGCGACCCCGCCUACUCGCAGCUGGCCCCCGGCAUGAGCCCCAGUCCCAAGGCGCCUCUGGAGUACCGGCUGGAGUGGGGCGUGCCGGCGGAGAUCGCGCCCGGCAGCGUGCGUCCAGUCAUCGGGGCCCUGCCCGCCGACCUGCCGCGCGGCGCUUCCAUCGCGGUCCCCUACACCUACGCGGGCUCCAUCCAGGCUGUGACGCUGGCCGCCGCCUGCGCCACCACCCACUCCAUCAACAUGAACCAGCGCGUGGUGUUCCUGGAGUUCACGGUCCAGUCCAGCGGCGUGCUGCUGGUGUCGGCGCCGCCCGCCGGCCUGUUCGGCAAGAGUCUGCUGGGCCCCCACAUCCUGUUCCUCGUGGGAGAGGGCGGCACCUACAGCGAGGGCAAGUGGAUUACCGUCACCGACGUUUAGACGCUGAGAUCAGUGGUUAAUCCAGGCGGCUCAACAAUACAUGGACAAUACCGUAAGUAUGAGGCUGUGAGGCUUAUUUUGACACGCAGCAUGAAGUUCUGAAGGACCUGCCGUGAGUGUGAAGCUGGGACGUGAGUAUUUUGUAGUUUGUGCGUGGCGCAGGCUGUUGCUCCUCGUGAGUGGUGGAUGCAGCACCCCCCCACUUGUUUCCUAGGAUAAGCGUAAUGAUGCGUGUAUUGGGUCUGCCUAUGCUGUGGUCCAGGCGGUGUCUUGUCUUUAAUGUGUAUUCUUUCCGUACUCUAUUCUGCACCGUUCGAAAGGUGCCAAUGCUCACCAUAAGUACCAUAAGCUCACAGCAUACAUAUAUACGCCGUUUUGCAUGCUUGCUGUGCAACGGCUCUCGCGCGCCUCAUUCACUCCUUAUUUCAACUCUUCAACACGCAUAUGUCCUGCAAAGGCUUGCGAUAAUGUGCGGCCGCGGGACGUUGCGCGGGCAUGACAUCCACGGUAUGGAUGGCGGGGUGACACGAGUGAUCGGCCUUAUGGCAUACUUGGUGGGCAGGUGGAUUUGCUGGGGGGCGGCGGCAGGUUGGGGGUUUCUGCCUAGGCAUGCAGGAUGGCGUUGCCAGUUGGGGAUUUAUGAGGCAUGCGCGCCUCCAACCAAAACACAGUGAGAGACAACGUGUCACAGCAGGAUGGUAAUGAUGAAGUCAUACGGUUUGGGAUUGCAUGAUGUGCUCGUAAGCCAGGCCGGCACGGUCGCACGCGUUUUGGUGGCCAAAUCAAAUGUUUAUGCAGAGAACUAGUCCUUUGUACUUUGUUCGCGGCUCUUGCGGGAACAGUUGCAGUCAGUCAGUGCCGGAAGCAAGGUGACUGCGAGUCAUGCAAUUGAUGCAAUGCACGCUCACAGCCUGGAGAUCCAUCAUCGCCCAGGUUCCGUAUGGGCGGUAUGCGCGCCGUCACCACAUGUAAAUAACAUCUCAA